AUGCUACCAUACAAAACUUGUAACAAGAAAUAUCACAAAAGCUGUGUGAAAUCUUGGGCUCAAAAUAGAGAUCUGUUUCACUGGAGUUCUUGGACUUGCCCUUCAUGUCGUACAUGUGAGGUGUGCAGUAGGACUGGUGAUCCAAACAAGCUAAUGUUUUGCAAAAGAUGUGAUGGUGCACAUCACUGUUAUUGUCAACAACCUCCACACAAGAAUGUUAGUAGUGGACCUUAUUUGUGCCCUAAGCAUACAAGGAAAUUACUGCCCUGUUUGUUUAAAGGUCUAUAG